AUGACGUCGAUAUCACGGCACGACGUGAACGCGCUGCUAAGGCAGGUCCAGGGCAACUCUCUAUUCAAUCGACAGCUCUCCUCCAUCUGCCAGGUGAAUGGGCUUAAGAGCACCGGCGUCAAAGCGGAGCUUCAACGACGCAUCGUACAGCCCUCUGCUUAUGGAACGUAUGGUUUCUCCUUCAAGCCGAGCCCUUUCUAUUACGUUGAAGGCGCUGUAAGCGUGUUGCGUACCUCCAUGGCACAGCAUAGGAACUCUGUCACCAUCCCAUUGAGGUUAAGCGACCACCCCAUUGUGCAGCGAUGCAACGAGGAUAAAUCAUACAGGAUCAUGGUAUUCUGUGCUAGCGAUGACAGCGGCUUACAAGACGUUGCGUUUCCGCAUCAAUCCGAGCUUCGGGUAAACGGCGAUGAGAUCAAGGCCAACCUGCGAGGUCUCAAGAAUAAACCCGGCUCCACCAGGCCUGUUGACAUAACUAACACUCUCCGCUUGAGGGGAAAUUACAUGAAUAACAUUGAGUUUACAUAUGCGCUGACGAGCAGGGUAAAGUCUCUGCUAACGGUCUUCUUUUCUGGGCAGAAAUACUACCUAAUCGUCAACAUUUGCAAGACUACAUCAGUUCCUGAAUUGGUGACGACAAUAUCCAACCGCAGAAAGAUUUCCGAAGAAUCGGUAAUAUCAGAGCUGAAUAAAAUAGCACAAGAUCCAGAUGUUGUGGCGACAUCUCAGGUCUUAUCUCUGAAAUGCCCCUUAUCCUACAUGAGAUUAGAAGUACCAUGCCGCAGUCUGAGCUGUACACAUUUGCAAUGCUUCGACGCAACGUCUUACCUGCAGCUCCAGGAGCAAGGACCGCAAUGGCUAUGUCCUAUAUGUAACAAAUCUGCGCCAUUUGACCAACUAGCCGUUGAUGGCUAUGUCAAGGUCAUUCUAGAAAAUACAUCAAAGAGCCUGGAAACCGUUACCAUCGAACCAAACGGCAAGUGGUCUAGCAAACCACCCAAAGAGGAAACAUCAUCCAGGCCAAACGGGGCAGCACUUGAAGACGACGAUGAUGACGAUGAUGUGGAGGUAUCUGAAAUCAUCAUUGGCGGCCGUCGAAUAGAGACACCCAAGCAUAUGACCCCCUAUAAAGAGACUCCGGGUUCCGGUGGUGCAGAUGGCGGCUCAGCCCCGCGAGGCAGCACACACAGCGCCAAACGACCAACGCCAGCAGUUAUUGACCUGACGUUGUCGUCUGACGAUGAGGAGCCCAUCCAGCGACCGCAUAAACGCCAGCACACGGGAACAAGCAGUUACCGCGGCUCGUCAAGUCUCCCGUUCCUGAGCGAAUCUCCCAGCAACUACCCAUCGUAGGAGAGGGCGCUAGGGGCGGUGAGUAACAGACAUCCGCGGGCCAUAUCACACCAAAGAAAGCGCCGGAGAGGGUAGCGAGCGCUGUCUAUAAAGUGAAACCAAUAUAUAAGCAUUUACAUCAAGGGGAGAAGGGGAGGUGAUGGAGAGAGCGGCGAGAGGAGAGAGAAGUUUGAUUUAUCGAGUCAGCAGAGGCGUUCAGGGUGACGAGGGACAAAAAGGAUGAUUCCCCUAGGGUCGGUACAAUGCUAGUUUUGUCUGCUUUUUUUUUUAAUCAAAGGGGAGGAAAGAUGAAGUUGUAUGACUACCUAGAUUAGUGGCUAGCGACAGCUUGCCUAUUAGAUGUUUUAUUUAAGAAUCUGGAUACUUUGCUAUUGAG